AUAAAAAAAUCCUUUUUCGUGCAGUUAUUCGAAUCAUCUCGAGUAUUGUAAAUGAUUAAGUAUUGCGUUAAUACUUAUCAAUGAGAAUGUGAUAUUGAAAAAGAAUACUGACAUUAUCAAAACGAAAAAAAAAAAGAGAGAAAGAAAGAGAUAAAGAAAGAGAACUUGUGUAAUAUCGUAUUUAAAAGCGAGAGAACAGAUAAGAGAGAAUCAUUCUAAUCAAAGCACAGUGUCUGUUUAGUAUAAAACAUGGUACUUUAAUUAAGUGUCGAUCAACUGUAUCGUUUUUGAAUACGAUAGUACGCAUGAUAUUCAUUUGAUUGAAAUAGAUACGAGAAGGUAUUUGAAUAAACGAAAAAAAAAAAAGAACAAAAACAAGAGCUUUUUUAAGUAAGACGAUCUUUGAAUCACAUUGCGCGCUAGUGCUGCGAGAGAACUUGUAAAACUUGCCAACAAAAUGGAUCUCAACGUGUGACUGCGAUUGAAAGUGUCGUAUCUUGUAUGAAUUUAUACCCCGUGACGUAAAAGUAUCUUACCGUCUAUAAAGAGUUGAAAUAAAUAAAGGACAAGAUGAAAUAAUAAGAAAAGGACAAAAAAUAUCGAAAGGAGUAGAAGAAAAAGUACAUAACGUGUGUUUGAUGUAUGUGGUGUUGUGUACAAGAGAGAGGCAGAGAGAAAGUGUAUUUUCUCCAUUACGCUUUCGAUCUCUGGGUGGGGAAAAUCAAUAGGGAAAAGCAAGUUCAAUAAGCGAGCAUGGCUAGAAUAUAACUUACGAUUGAUAUAUAAACUGUACUACUAUCUUGAUUAUUUUGAUCGUUUCGAAUUCAAUGUCGAAUCGAAUGAAAUAGUUGUUGUUGUUGUUGUUAACAACGUUAGACGAAGACGAUAUAUUACGAGAUGAAUUAUUGUCGACGUCAGGAACAACAACGACGACUCCAUGGGGAAAGAAGAAGAUGUGAUUAUUAUGGGUGUUUGAAGAAAGUUUUGCGUUAAAAGAAAAACAUGUUAGAAUUAACUGUAAUUGUAUUAAAUUCUUGACAUCGACGAUUGACGAAAUAACGUUAAAUUUUCGAUGUUUAUUAAGUUUCUAAGGAAUAUGAUGAUUCGACGUUGGUGGUACGUGUUUUUAAACAUUGCAUUGUGCAUAAUAUUGCAGUUAGAUUGUGUCGAAUCUACUCACAUAACUGGCACUUUCGACACCAAGGAGUUCUUCCGUUUUUUGAUUAAAUUUGGCUUCCAAAAAACUGAUCGUCACAGACAGAAGGACACAUCAGGAUAUAUAUUUGGAAAUAUCACUAGCAAAUUGAACUUUACUGUACCAAUAACAUUGGCUGUUCUUGAUCGUAGUCAUUUUUUGGAGUACUAUGGUAAUAGGACUGUAAUAGAUAAAAAUAUUGCAUGUACUCUAAUGUUUAAUACUCUCAAUCAGAGUUCAUAUGAUCCAAAUUGUAAUGAUGAAGGUCAAGAUUUUCUAAGGCGAAUACCUUGUCCUAGAGGAAAAUUGUGUCAAGACGAAGAUUCUAUAUGGAAUAUUGUAAAGGGACAUCAAUUCACUUAUGUUAUACAGGACUUUUGGCAACCACGUUUCUGGUAUAUGAGUAUAGUAGCAUGUUAUAGAAAUGCAACAACAUGCCAGUGGGAAUAUUAUGAUAAGCAUGACAUAUUAGAGUAUGAUAUAUGGCUAGUAAAUGGCAAUCCUAAUACUAGUGGCCUGAACAGCCUUACUUAUCAGUUCUCCUAUGACAGGCAGAAUACCAUAGAACUAUAUUUACUGUUCUUUGUGUGCUAUAUUAUAUUAGUUCCGCUGCAAUUAUACGCAGCAAGAUUACAAAAACACCCUGUGACACGAUUAUUUACGGCUAGCUUAUUAUUAGAAUUUGUUGCAGUGUGUUUAAUUUUAAUACACGUGUUAAAAUUUUCUCUCGAUGGAGUUGGCUACGAACAAUUAGAAGUUGCUGGCGAUAUUUUUGAUAUUCUCUCACGGGCAUCAUUUAUGUUACUUCUACUUUUACUUGCUAAAGGAUGGGCUGUAACUCGAAUGGAAUUAACAUGGAAGCCUUUAGUUUUUGCUAUAUGGUUAUGUUAUGGAAUAGUACACAUUCUACUAUAUGUUUGGAAUAUGACGGAAGUUGACAUUGUUGAAGACAUUGACGAGUACCAAACUUGGCCAGGAUGGUUCAUUCUUUUAUUCCGUAGUGCUAUAAUGAUUUGGUUUUUAUAUGAACUUCGAAAUACUAUGACGUAUGAACAUAAUACUCAAAAAUUAAACUUUCUUUUACACUUUGGUGCAUCAUCAUUAGUUUGGUUUAUUUAUUUACCAAUAAUAGCUCUUAUAGCGCUUCAAGUAAGUGCUUUGUGGAGGUUUAAAUUAUUAUUGGGUAUAACAUACUCAGCAGAUUGUUUUGCUUAUUGCGUAAUGGCACAUUUGUUAUGGCCAACACGAAGCGAACAGUACUUUUUACUCGCUCAAGGUGGAGAUAAUGGUGAUGAACUUGAUGAAUUCAAUGAAGCACCGCAUGUAUUAAAUAAUUAUGUGGAACCACCAGAACUCAGUAAAAUAAUCACUUAAUAUUUAAAUCUUAAUAAUGAGGUAAAAUAUUGAAAAAGUAAAUAUUCAAAAUGUGAUGUAUAUUUGCCAAAUGGUAAAAAAACAUAGAAAAUUGGUAAUACUUUGAUCUGUGCUAUUUGAGACUGAAAUGUGCUGCACAUUCUGUAAUUAAUAUAUGUAUAUCAUUGAUCAGAUUGAAAUAUGUAAUAGAAGUCAAUAAUCUACGCGAAAAAAAGAUAAAAUGAAGAAACAUAAUAUUAAGAUCAGUUUAUUAUGAUAAUUUUUUACUUAGAGAGGAUAAAAAGUAAUGAUAAUUGAUUUAUUUUGUACUAAUUCAUAACACACAGAUAUAUCAGGUGCAUAGUGUAUAAUAGAAUAAUAUAAAAAGAGUCAUUCUUCAUUUUAAACAAAUGUUUCAAACUCGUAUCAAAUUUUUAUCGUUGUGAACAUUUUUUUAAUUAUUUUUAUUUUUAUUUGACUUCAAUAUUUCACCUAUCUAUCAUAUACUUACUAUAUAACAUAUACAUACACAUAAAUAUUAUAAAAAUAAUCACACGACUCUAUAUGGUAGAUUUUAUAAUUUUAUAGUAAUCUACAUGAUAGAAUUUUCUUGCAAUAAUACUCUCUUUCUUUCUUUUUGUUCUUUUUUCUUUUUUUCUUUUUUUUUAUAUUUUAUUAGAAAUUUUAUUAUUCUAUACUAUAAAAAAAAAAAAAAAUCUAUUUUAGUGUGUGCUUGAAAGAGAAUGAUUAUACAUAGUUGUUUACAUGAUUGGGUGGUUUUAUAAUUACAAUAAGAUGGGAACAUGACUAAACAGCCAUGAAAUAACUAGUUGGGUACAAAAAAACUGAAUACAUUAAUUUAAUA